AUGGAGACCGCCACACAUCCUCCAGAGGGGGUUGACUACAAGCAUUCUCCCGAUGCAAUGAAGGAAGUUGGCCAAAGCCUACGUGAAAAGCACGACAGCGAGGAGGCCUUGACCUCUGAGCUCAUCUCCGCUGGCUCGGAGCACCUCCAGCGGAAGCUAGGUGGGAAGGAAAUCCAACUGUUGGCAGUGGGAGGCGCUAUUGGAACGUCCUUGUUCGUUCAGAUGGGUGCAAGUCUGCCAAAGGGUGGCCCUGCAAGCCUCUUUUUGGGCUUUGUGGUUUAUGGAACCGUCAUCUUGUGUGUCAAUCAAUGCUUCGCCUUCGCAAUCCCAUAUGAAAUAACAGCAAUCAAUGUCCUUCUUACAUACUGGACCGACAAGGUUCCCGUGGUCGCGGUUGUGAUGGUAUGCUUGGUAAUAUAUGCUGCUCUCAAUGGACUCGCAGUUCGGUACUUUGGAAUAGCCGAGUUUUAUUUGGCCAUCUUCAAGGUCUUCCUCAUGAUGGGACUCAUUUGCUACACCUUCGUCACCAUGGUUGGUGGCAAUCCAUGGCACUGGGCCUAUGGAUUUACCUAUUGGAAAAAUCCAGGCGCAUUCGUCGAGUACCUCGUUCCCGGAGACACGGGACGCUUCCUCGGGUUCCUUUCAUGCAUUAUUCAGGGUUCCUUCACUAUGGUCGGUCCCGAGUUCAUCGCCAUGACAGCUGGCGAGUCCGAGAAUCCUCGUAGACUGAUGCAUCGGGCCUUCUCUUCUUUCGUCUGGCGUCUCCUUCUUUUCUUCCUUGGCGGCGCUCUCUGCGUUGGUAUUGUCAUUCCCUAUAAUGACGAACUCUUGCUCAAAUACAUCGAUGGAACUGAGGGUGGUACUGGAGCUGCCUCUCCCUACGUCAUUUCAAUGGUUAAAUUUGGAAUUAAAGGUCUUCCCUCUUUGGUCAACGCUCUGAUCAUGACGUCCGUUCUUUCUUGCGGGAACAACGUUGUCUACUCGUCUAUUCGCACACUUCACGGCUUAGCUGCGGAUGGCAAGGCGCCGGCGAUCUUUGCGAAGUGUAACAAAUUCGGUGUUCCGGUCUACUCAGUCAUCGCGGCGUUGGCGUUCUGCCUCCUUUCCUUGCUGCAACUUGGGAAUACCUCUGCCACUAUUCUCAACUGGUUGGUCGGAAUCUGCACUGCUUCUUACAUGAUCAACUACUUCGCCACGGUCGUGACGUAUCUGCAUUUUUACGCCGCCCUCAAGCGUCAGGGCAUCGACAGAAAGACUCUUCCAUAUCGUGGAUACUUCCAGCCCUAUGCAGCGUACUACGCCGCGGUGAUGACACUGGUUGUAGCCUUGAUUCUCGGGUACACUGUAUUCAUUGAUGGCCAUUGGGACGUUACAACAUUCUGCACCUCUUACCUUAUGAUCGGAUUUUUUAUCGUAGCUUUGGUGUUUUGGAAGCUUUUCAAGCGGACACACUAUGUCCGACCAGGAGAGGCUGAUCUUCAGCUUGGAGGCAUCAAGGCCCAGAUUGACCUUUAUGAGGCGUUGUAUGAACCGCCGAGGAGAGGCAAGAUUUCGGGUUGGUUCAAUAGCUGGUUCGAGUAG